UUCUUUUGACUUUUCCCGAAUUCUUCCAGUUUGUGGUGGCUUGUUAGUUCCACAUUCCUUACCAGGACCUCCUGUCACAAGAUAACUCAUGCAAAUGGUUACUGUGGUGCCUGGCCAGGGUGGGCGGUUUCAGUCAGUGGUUUCCCCUAACAAUAUAAUGACUAGUUCACAUCCCUACAGAGGAUAAGGAAUCCUGGAGAUAAAGGAUAUAAUCUUAUAAAUUUUCAAAUCAGUUUAACAUUCACUGUUUUACUUAUAUACAGAAUCUGUUACCACAGAUUAUUGUCUAUUGGCAAUUUAUUUGCAAAAUAUUCAAUUUUUAUUAGUUGUCCUUUCUGACAAAACCAUUACACAGGACUUAAAGUCAGGUGGGUUUUUUUUUGAAUUUUAUUUAAUUUAUUUUUUUCUACAGCAGGUUCUUAUUAGUCAUCCAUUUUAUACGUAUCAGUGUAUACAUGUCAAUCCCAAUCUCCCAAUUCAUCCCACCACCCCCCAUCGCUUUCCCCCCCAUUAAAGUCAGUUCUUUAAGAAAAGUUAUAUACCGGAACUUCCCUGGUGGUCCAGUGGUUAAGAAUCUGCAUUCCAAUGCAGGGGAUGUGGGUUCGAUCCCUGGUCAGGGAACUAAGAUCCCACGUGCUGCAAGGCAGCUAAGCCCAUGCACCACAACUACUGAGUCCACGUGCUCUAGAGACCCUGUGCCGCGACUAGAGAGAAUCCCGCAUGCUGCAACGAAGAGCCUGCGCUGCAGCAAAGAUCCUGUGUGCUGCAACUAAGACCUGAUGCAGCCAAAUAAAUAAUAAAUAAAUUAUAUAGAAAAAAAAAAGUCAUAUACCCAAAUUUCAAACCUGCUUAUCUGCACUUUUCAUUUCAUGGAUCUGUCAAAUGUUCAUUCAUUUAAGAAAUGUUUAGUAGGUACAGUACCAACUGAAUACCAGGCUCUGAUAGCUUGAGGGGUACAGUGGGAGACAAGACAGGGCCCUGCCUUCAAGUGGCUUACAGUCAGGUGUAUAACAUGCUGACCUGGACAUUGACCUCUGAGAAUAUACAAUACACAUAGCUUCCUCAUUGGAAGCUAUGCACAAACAGUUAACAAUAAAAUUCACCAAGCAGUGAUGGAUAAAGCGGAGAUGAUAUGGACCCUACGUGCUACAGGAAUUUGCAGGCAUGAAAGACUAUCAGAAAGUUUACAGGAGGAGGUAGGCUGAAAGUAAAAGGGAAGGCUUUCUGGGAAGGUAGAACAAAUGAGCAAAAUCAGCGUGUGCUUGAGACAAGGAGUAAUUUAACUAGAGUAACGGUUCCCGAAGUGUGGUCCACGCACCAGUAGUAUCAGCAUCAUCUGCUAACUUGUUAGAAAUGCAGAUUCUCAGUCCCAACUUGAGACCUAUUGAAUUGGAAAUGCUGACAGUGAAGCCCAGCGAUCUAUGUUUUUUGGUUGUUUUUAAAUAUUUAUUUAUUUAUUUGGCUGUGCCGGGUCUUAGUUGCAGCACAUGGGAUCUUCAUUGCGGUGUGUAGAAUCUUUACUUGGCGGCAUGUGGGAUCUAGUUCCCUGACCAGGGAUUGAACCUGGGCCCCCUGCAUUGGGAGUGCAGAGUCUUAGCCACUGGACCGAGAGGGAAUUCCCCCAGCAAUCCAUGUUUUAACAAGCCCUCCAGGUGGCUCUGAUGUGUGCUUAGAGCAAAGGGUUUUUGUAUGAAAGUAGUGGGCAAAAAACUUUGGUUGAGGUAGGCUGGGACUUAGAAUGUUAGGCAAGAAGUUUGUCUUUUAAUCCUACAGAGCAGAGUCACCAACUUGAAACUUGAGAGCUGGAUUUAGCCCAUAGAUAUGUUUUGUUUGGCCUGCAUGGUGGUUUUUUGAGUUUUGUUUUUGUUUUUUGUUUUUUUAAUGGAAUUAGUUGUCACUAUUUUAAAAACCAGAUUCUACAUAGAAAUCUGUGCUUUUAGCUUAUUUUCAAAAAUCAGAAGACCUGGCAAUACUGAGCUUGUAUUUCAUCAUGGCAGCAAUUUGUGGGAACAGCAAGCAACUUACCCUUUAGAGGGGACAAGAUGGGACAUGUGCUUUCCAGUUUACACAGUCCCCACAACUUCCUGUUGAUUACACACACCUUUACUUACUUAUAUUUUCUGCCUGGCCCCAGUAGGUAUUCCAGUAUUUGAGUUUGUAACUUCUGUUAUGGACAGUGGGAAAUUGAUGAAAGUUUUCAGAAGGAAAGUGAUGUGACUUAUAUAUUCAUUAAUUCAUUCAACAGACAUUGAUGAAUUAACUAACCAUUGCAUAUGCCUGGUUAUGCAAUGUUCUCAAAGAUGAAUGAAUCCCUGCCAUGAUAUGGGUUACAGUCUAGUGAGAAAACGAUGAAAGUAGUAUUUAGGAAGACGGUAGCGUAUGGGUUUGAGAAGAGAGACAUUGGUGACUGGAAGACCAGUUAAGAGGCUAUAGCAGUCCAAGUCUGAAGUAAUAAAGGCCAGACUUUAGAUAUCAGCAAGAAGCUAGGAGGGAAGAAGGAGAUGGGAAAGAUAUUGCAAAGCAAAAAUCAUCAAUCCUUGAUAAGAGAUUGGGCAUGAGAGAGGAGAAUUCAAAGGUGAUGAAGAUUUUGAGUUGUGAAUUAGGAAGUUUGUGGUGCCAUUAACAAAGACAGGAAAUUAGAGAAUCCAUUUAACCCUCUCUGUAUGGGGCAGGGGCAUGGAGGAAGGGAGAUGUUUGGAGAUGCCAGUUUGAGGUGUCUCUUGUUUUGAGUACAGUGUAUUAGCAUGUAUACAAUAUAAGUGUUUUUAAAAGGAAAAUUUAAUAGAAAUGUUUUCAAGAUUGCAUCCUUAGGGGUAGAUACCACUCAUUCCAUCCUAGAAUACCAAGGGAAUACCUGGAGAAGCAUUGAAGUUGUAAACAAAAUGUUGAAAAAGUGAUACAUUAGUUGAAGGAAACAAAGCGGAAAGCCUAGAAGGAAAAGAAGAUAUUGUUCUUUAGAUUGAUCCACAUGACCAGCCUAGUUGCUGUAAAAGAAGAAUCCACCAAAGGGAGUGAUUUAAGAUCCACUGCAGGUGUGUUAGCAGCACUGCGUCUGUAACAAAAGACUCACUACAUCUUGGAAGAGAAUGGCCAUUUCCCAGGGGGCAGCCUUUUUCAUGCUGGUAGUGUCCUGUGUUUGCAGCACUGUCUUCCACAGAGACCAACAGACUUGGUUUGAGGGUGUCUUCCUGUCUUCCAUGUGCCCCAUCAAUGUCAGUGCCAGCACCUUGUAUGGAAUUAUGUUUGAUGCAGGGAGCACUGGAACUCGAAUUCAUGUUUACACCUUUGUGCAGAAAUUACCAGGACAGCUUCCGAUUCUGGAAGGGGAAAUUUUUGAUUCUGUGAAUCCAGGACUUUCUGCUUUUGUAGAUCAACCUAAGCAGGGUGCUGAGACUGUUCAAGAACUCUUAGAGGUGGCCAAAGACUCAAUCCCUCGAAGUCACUGGAAGAGAACGCCAGUGGUCCUGAGGGCAACAGCGGGACUGCGCUUACUGCCAGAAAAGAAAGCCCAGGCUCUGCUCUUUGAGGUAAAAGAGAUCUUCAGGAAGUCACCUUUCCUGGUACCAGAUGACAGUGUUAGCAUCAUGGAUGGAUCCUAUGAAGGCAUAUUAGCUUGGGUUACUGUGAAUUUUCUGACAGGUCAGCUGCAUGGCCACAGCCAGGAGACUGUGGGGACUCUGGACCUGGGGGGUGCCUCCACCCAAAUCACGUUCCUGCCGCAGUUUGAGAAAACGCUGGAACAAACCCCUAGAGGCUACCUCACUUCCUUUGAGAUGUUUAACAGCACUUAUAAGCUCUAUACACAUAGUUACUUGGGAUUUGGAUUGAAAGCUGCAAGACUAACAGCUCUGGGAGCCCUGGAGACAGAAGGAAUUGAUGGACACACUUUCCGAAGUGCCUGUCUACCAAGAUGGUUGGAAGCAGAGUGGAUCUUUGGGGGUGUGAAAUACCAGUAUGGUGGCAACCAAGAAGGGGAGGCGGGCUUUGAGCCCUGCUAUGCUGAAGUGCUGAGGGUGGUCCAAGGAAAACUUCAUCAGCCAGAUGAGGUCCAGAGAAGCUCCUUCUACGCUUUCUCUUACUAUUAUGACCGAGCUGUUGACACAGACAUGAUUGAUUAUGAAAAGGGGGGUGUUUUAAAAGUUGAAGAUUUUGAAAGGAAAGCAAGGGAAGUAUGUGAUAACCUGGAAAACUUCACCUCAGGCAGUCCUUUCCUGUGCAUGGAUCUCAGUUACAUCACAGCCUUGCUGAAGGAUGGCUUUGGCUUUGCAGGCAACACCAUCUUACAGCUCACAAAGAAAGUGAACAACAUAGAGACAGGCUGGGCCUUGGGGGCCACCUUUCACCUGCUGCAGUCUCUGGGCAUCUCCCACUGAGGCCAAGCCGUUCCUCUGAGGCCUGCAUUUGUCAACCUUGUUAAAGGGAGGACGAGAGAGGAGAGGACUCAGUUGUAUUCUGAGCUAGUCUGGGGACAGCCUAGACUGAAGCCCAGCAGCUGAUUUCAUCUGGAGGAAGGGGCUUUUGUAGACAGGUCUUGCCCUUGAGUCUAGAGAUUUGGACUUAAUUAAUUUUACACCUCAAAUGUGAACUAUUUCCUAACCACUCUUCGUGCACAGCUGGUACCAGAGUCUAAAUCUUUGAGGUUCCUUGUGUGUCACAGAGAGCCAAAAGGAAUAGCUUUGGAACUUAACCUUGGGGAACCCAGGGAUGGAACCCUGGGAACCAAAGAAGAAUCUCAUUUCAACCCUUUCAGUGCCUCAUUCCUUUGAACAUUUUAAUUUUCCUCUUACAUGUUACACUCAGCUGACUGAUUGCAAUCCCAUGACCUAUCAACACCAGUAUUUUCUUUUCCCUGCACGUUGCCCUGUCCCACCUUUAUCUCCACUCACCUACCAAAAAAAAAAGAAAGAAAAAAAUACCUGGUUUUACUUUCCAUGUGUAGUUCAAAGAGGAAAAAAAAAAAAAAGCCGUAUCUGGGGAAUUCCCUGGAGGUCCGGUGGUUAGGACUACGAGCUUUCACUGCCAAGGGCAUGGAUUCGAUCCCUGGUCGGAGAACUAAGAUCCUGGAAGCUGUGCACGUGGUGUGGCCAAAAAAAAAGGUACCAUAUCUGAAGUUAUGUGAUCCGGCUUUGUGUCAGCACCAAUCAGCCAGCUGACAGCCAUUCUAAAUCUCAGAAGGAUGGAGAGCAACUCACGACUGGGCAGAAGGGAGGCCAGCCAGUUUCUAGGGACAUGUUUUGGGAGGGUGUGGCUGCCUUCUACAGACUACCUUCUUUUAAUUAACUUUUUAUCAGCAAACCGUGGAGUAAUGAACAUAUCCUACCUUAUAGGAAUGUGUGUGUGUGUGUGUAUGUGUGUGUGUGUGUUUUCAGUGCUAGUACCUCUUUUCUCAGGCUAAUGUGUUUAUAGUAAUUUGUCAUCCUAAACUUUUCUUUGUAUUUCUAAGAAGUACAUCUAUACCCUAGCUUUUGGUCUGUGGUGAGAGGCCUGUGGCUGUGCUUUUCAAGGAUCUAGACUUUGGCAAUAGCCCCUUUCAGUUUGUCCUUUUAUUCUGUUUACAGCAGUGUCUCUUUCUGCCCUGGCCCCUGAUCAUUUUAGCUAGCAUCCUCUACAUUAUUUGUCUAGUUCUAAGGUUUCUGAACCCUUCUUGAUGAUACCUAACAUUUGAUUUACUUGGCCAUUUUGGCCCACAUCCAUACAGUGGAUGCUCACUUUGAGUUUGAAUGUUCAGACCUCUUGAUUUUGUGAAUUAUGUCCCCUAAAAUUCAUGAUCUUGUACUUUCCCACAUGACCACCAUUUCCUUGUCUACCCAUGUGACUGCUCUUGGACUUGAAAGAUCUUCCAGUAGUCUGGCUUCUACACCUUGGCUCUUUACCUCCAGCUUCUUUCCAGCAGAGUAUCUCCCCAGACUUGUACUUUUCACAGUAGACUCUCUUUCAGCUUUUUCACAAAAGAUGUUAAAUAUACCUGGCCCUCACAGCAGUCCCUGGGGAACCUUAUUUUUAAAAGUAUUCCAUUGAGUCAAUAAAUAUUUAACAUCUGAUAUGUGCAAAUAACUAGGCAAAUUUCUAUACCCUCAUCCCUCCCAAAUUUUAGUUUUUCAAUUCAAUGUGGAUUUUUUUCUUCUUCACAGUGAUUGUUUUUUUUAAGUUUUAUUAUUUUUGGCUGUGUUGGGUCUUCAUUGCUGUGCACAGGCUCCCUCUAGUUGUGGCGAGCGGGGGCUACUCUUUGUUGCGGUGCGCGGGCUUCUCAUUGCGGUGGCUUCUCUUGUUGCGGUGCACCGGCUCUAGGCACAUGGGCUCAGUAGUUGUGGCUCGUGGGCUCUAGAGCGCAGGCUCAGUGGUUGUGGCUCAUGGGCUUAGUUGCUCUGCGGCAUGUGGGAUCCUCCCGGACCAGGGCUCGAACCUAUGUCCCCUGCAUUGGCAGGCGGACUCCUAAACACUGUGCCACCAGGGAAGCCCUUCACAGUGGUUUUUAAUUAUACUAAGGUCACCUUUAUACCUACUGUCUCUUCCUCCAAAAAUGCUAAUACAGAGUGAAAUAACAGAAUCUUUAGAGUUGGACAGCCCAAAGAUAUAAUCAAUCUUCUACCCAUUGCAGAACUCCCUUAACACUUCUAACAGGUUGUCAUUCAGCUUCUGUGUAGGCAUGUUUCCAGACAACUCAUUCCACUUUGGGAUUGCACUGAUGUUAAAAAAAAUCCCUCCUUCUCAGUAGUCUUAGUUCUGCUCUAAUCCCUCCUUCCACAGCCUUUCGGUCUUCUGAAGAAAACUCCCAAGUCCUUCACAUUCUUUUUAUCACUUGACUUCUAGACCCCCUUCUCAUCUUUGUCUAGAGUAUGGUGUUAGAACCAGUCAUCAUACACGAAAUGCUGUUCUACAAGAUUAGGGGGAGACAAUAAAGACUCCUCCAGCUUGAUGGGUUCAGAGAGGUAAGAUUUCCUGGUCUUUAUCACCACAGCUUGUCUCUGUAGCUUUUCUUAUAAAGGCCACAUAUUGUUCAGCAGACAUGUUCGGUCAUCCCAAAUACUUUCAGAAUUCUUGGGUAGGUGCAUUAUAACUCCAGAAAUGUAUCUACAUGUUUUCUGAUAAUCUUGAUUAGAAUAUCUGGAGAAUUAACCAGUUUAUCCAUUAUAGGAGCAAUUUGGAAUGAGACUUUUUAUUUCUUAGAAAAAACAAUUUGUCUGUAAUGUCCUUUUUUGCCCCUCGUGUACCUUUUGGGCCUCUUAUUAAGAGUCCUACAAGGUCCAAUCUUGAUGGUUAGGUUUUCUUUCUGUAAAUGUGUUAUAUAUUUCAAAUAUUAGGACAUGGCCUAGCACAUAGUGGAUUUUGUGUGUUAUCAUCAUCAUAUGAAAACACUGGGUUAUGGAGGUCCUUGCAAGGUGUGCCUUAAAAUUCUUGUCUUGCCUGAUUCUGUUUGCAUACUUUUGCAGAGUCCAUGUUCUUCAUACCUGGGCUACCUUUCCAUUUUUUUAUGAAAGAUGACCUUUUUUCCCUACAGUGACCUUUCUGGACUCUGCCAGUAGUCAACACAGCUUUUUCCAGUAGCUGCCAUCUUUCAUUCUGGGCACAUUUUUUCCUGAGAUUCCAGGAAGGUUUCUGACAUUCACACUUUUUUAGUAUAAAUUUUCCACAUUUACCUGAAAAGCUCCCCUGUGGUAACAAAUUUUCCAUUCCCUAAAAAUAUUUUCCAAGAAUAGCUUAGGUUGGGUCAAAAGCAGACUGUUCUCCUUUCAUCUGCAAAUCAGACUUCUGGGCAAGAUGUUGUUUGUGGUAUACAGAUCUAAUGGAUCCAAAACUCUCUUCGACAGGUAUCUCUGGUACUGUGAGGUAACCGCUUCUAAAGUGCACAGUAAAACAACCCACCCCCACCCAGGCUGGCACCAGCCUGCAACCACACAUGAACAAAUUCUGCUGCUAAUCAGAUUUUUCCUUUUGACCUAGUUCCUGAGGUCUUUAAACCUGUGCAAUGAAAUUAUUUAUUGUUUUAUAACAGAAUAGUGGUGUCCCACAGAGGAACCAUAAAUGAAAUACGGUGCUGUGAUGAGGAAAUAAUAACUAGCAUUUUAAGAUUUGGUUUUCUUUUCAGAAAGUCUAAUAUACCUAUAAUAAAGGUUAAAGCAAUUUGUGUUUAUUUUG